AGAACACGGUGAGGUGCCACGCCCCUCCUCCCUUCCCAACAAUCCCACCAAAGCAAAUCCAGGACGGCGCAGGGAUCUCUUGUUGUGCCUGUGUGCUGAGGCUGGGACUGUCACUCAUUCUCUGAUCAGCUCAUGAAAGCAGCUAGAUAGCAGCUGGACAAAAAUAAUAUAUAUAUAUAUUAAAAUAUUACACCGUUCUGGGGGGAUUUUUUCCCACGUCUCUCCCCCCCCUUCUUCGCUUUGCACCUGAAUCUCUCGUCUUAACCGGCCCAGGUUCCUAUUGAAAGGAAAAUAUAUAUGCAAGAAAACUUCGUCUCCAUUCAGCAGAUGACAAUGCUUCAAAGCAAGGAUCUCAUCUGGACUUUGCUAUUCAUCGGGACUGCAGUCUCUCUCCAGGUGAACAUUGCUCCAAAUAAAGUGGAGGUGCCUGUUGGAGAGUCCAAAUUCUUCUUGUGUCAAGUGACUGGAGAUGCCAAAUCCAAAGACAUCUCCUGGUUUGCCCCCAACGGUGAGAAGCUGACGACAAACCAACAGCACAUCUCAGUGGUGCGGACGGAGGAUUCAUCUACUCUCACCAUUUACAAUGUCAACAUAGACGAUGCUGGCAUUUACAAAUGUGUUGUCUCCAGUGAGGAAGGCGAUGUGGAGGCCACACUCAACGUGAAGAUUUUCCAGAAGCUGACUUUCAGGAAUGCUCCCAGUCCACAAGAGUUCAAAGAAGGAGAGGAUGCGGUCAUUGUGUGUGAUGUUGUCUCCUCGCUGCCUCCCGCAGUCAUAUGGAAGCACACGGGCAGAGAUGUUGUUCUUAAAAAAGAUGUGCGGUUUGUUGUGCUGCCCAACAACUACCUACAGAUCAGAGGAAUAAAGAAAACAGAUGAGGGGAUGUACCGGUGUGAAGGAAGGAUCCUGGCUCGUGGAGAGGUUGAUUUCAGAGACAUUCAUGUCAUUGUCAAUGUGCCUCCUACUGUUCGCUCCAAGCAGAGCACUGUGAAUGCCACGGCAAAUCUCAGCCAGUCAGUCAAACUAGUGUGUGAUGCAGACGGCUUUCCAGAGCCAACCAUCAGUUGGACCAAGGAUGGGGAAUCAAUAGAAAGAGGUGAGGAUGAUGAAAAGUAUGGCUUCAGUUACGAUGGCUCAGAGCUGACUAUUCGCAAGGUGGAGAAGAACGAUGAGGCAGAGUAUCUCUGCAUCGCUGAGAAUAAAGCUGGCGAGCAUGAUGCCACCAUACACCUCAAAGUCUUUGCAAAACCCAAAAUCACCUAUGUGGAGAACAAAACUGCUAUGGAACUGGAAGACCAGAUCACUCUGACCUGUGAAGCUUCUGGGGACCCCAUCCCCUCCAUCACGUGGAGGACCUCUACACGGAACAUCAGUAAUGAAGAGAAGGCUUCAUGGACCCGGCCCGAGAAACAAGAGACCCUGGAUGGGCGCAUUGUGGUGCGCAGCCAUGCGCGGGUAUCUUCUCUGACGCUGAAAGACAUUCAAUACACGGAUGCUGGGGAGUACAUCUGCAUAGCCAGCAACACCAUAGGGCAAGAUUCCCAAGCCAUGCACCUGGAAGUCCAGUAUGCCCCGAAGCUACAGGGCCCUGUUGCCGUUUACACUUGGGAAGGCAACCAGGUGAACAUCACCUGUGAGGUGUUUGCAUACCCAAGUGCUGUCAUUUCCUGGUUCCGGGAUGGGCAGCUGCUGCCAAGCUCCAACUAUAGCAACAUUAGGAUCUACAACACUCCAACUGCCAGUUACCUUGAGGUGACACCAGACUCAGAAAAUGAUUUUGGAAACUACAACUGCACAGCAGUCAACCGGAUUGGUCAGGAGUCCUCAGAGUUCAUCCUUGUACAAGCAGAUACACCAUCUGCACCUUCUAUUGAGAGAGUGGAACCCUAUUCAAGCACAGCCCAAGUGGAAUUUGAUGAACCUGAGGCUACUGGCGGAGUUCCCAUCCUCCGGUACAAGGCAGAGUGGCGAGCGCGGGGAGAGGAAGACUGGCACUCCAGGAUGUAUGAUGCUAAGGAAGCCAACAUGGAGGGUGUGUUCACUGUGAUGGGCUUGAAGCCAGAAACAAGAUAUGCCAUCCGACUGACUGCCAUCAAUGGCAAAGGUGCAGGCGAAAUCAGUUCUCCCUCCGAGUUCAAGACACAGCCAGUUCGCACUCCACCGCCACCAACCCAGCAUCAUACUGAAUCUGAAAACACAGAGCCAGCCCAAGGUGAGCCCAGCGCACCCAAGCUGGAAGGCCAGAUGGGAGAAGAUGGAAACUCCUUUAAAGUGAAUCUCAUCAAGCAAGAUGAUGGAGGCUCCCCCAUUCGGCACUAUCUCAUCAAAUACAGAGUUAAGCAUUCCGCUGAAUGGAAACCUGAGAUGCGUCUUCCUUCAAGCAGUGACCAUGUCAUACUCAAGGCUCUGGACUGGAAUGCUGAAUACGAGGUCUAUGUGAUUGCGGAGAACCAACAAGGGAAAUCCAAGCCUGCGCAUUAUGCCUUCAGGACUUCAGCGCAGCCAACCAUCAUCCCAGCUAGCACAAGCCCUACUGCAGGACUGGGCACAGCUGCUAUUGUGGGCAUCCUCAUUGUGGUCUUUGUCCUCCUGCUGGUGGCUGUGGACGUCACCUGCUACUUCUUGAACAAGUGUGGCCUCCUGAUGUGCAUCGCAGUCAACCUGUGUGGCAAAUCCGGUCCUGGGGCAAAAGGCAAGGACAUGGAAGAGGGCAAGGCUGCCUUCUCGAAAGAUGAAUCGAAAGAGCCCAUUGUGGAAGUGCGAACAGAGGAGGAACGGACCCCAAACCACGACGGAGGGAAACACACAGAACCUAAUGAAACCACACCACUAACAGAGCCAGAGCACCCUGCCGACACCACGGCAGCCACUGAGGAUAUGAUGCCAUCUGUCACCACAGUCACCACUAACUCUGACACUAUCACUGAAACCUUUGCCACCGCUCAGAAUAGCCCCACCAGUGAGACUACCACCCUCACCUCCAGCAUCACUCUGCCGGCCACGCCCAUGCCCGACUCCAAUUCCGUGGCUCCCAAUCAGGGGACGCCUUCAAAAGCGGCCUCGGCAUCUUCGCCCCCACCCACCUCCACACCUAAAGUGGCUCCCCUGGUUGACCUCAGCGACACUCCUACUUCCACCCCGGCCACUGGCAACUUGUCGUCUGGCGUCCUGACCAACCAAGGGGCAGUGCUGAGCCCUAGCUCUACCACAAAAGCACCUGAGGCUCCCAAAGGCCCUGCUGCUGCCAGCAAAUCCCCUGCCCCACAGCCCCCAAACCCCGCUAGCUCUCCAGCCUCUUCAGAGCCAAAGCAGGAGGCCUCCAGCGCCAAAAGUCCAGAAAAGGAAGCCACACAGCCCAGCGUGGCGAAGACUCCAACAGAGGUGGCCAAGAAUGCAGUGAACCAGAAAGGCGAGGCUGCCACGGGGGGCACCACAAAUGCUACUCAGAAUGAGGACUUUAAAAUGGACGAAGGGACCUUCAAGACCCCAGACAUUGAUCUUGCCAAGGAUGUUUUUGCCGCCUUGGGCACGGCGGCUCCUGCCACUGCACCUGCAGGCCAAGCAGCUUCCUCCGGCCCGGAGAGUUCUGCAUCAACAGCACCUGCAAAGACAGAGAAAACCCCCGUAGAUGAAAAGUCUGCAAUUCAAGCCACAGAAGCCAAGACAGCCCCCGCAGCAGAAGUCAAGACGGUACCCAAUGAAGCCACACAAACAAAUGAAAACGAGAGCAAAGCAUGAUGGGCAACUGAGCCGAAACAAAAAAAAUAAAAAUAAAAAUAAAAAAAUUGACAGAACAAACAACUUCACCUGAGCAUUUAAAACACACAACACACAUCUCAUCCCUCUGUCUUUGCCUUUUUAAAAAAGAAAACAGACAAAAAA